AAAGUGAUUGGGUGGUAUAGAUUUCGACGAAACACACAGCAGCAGAUGUCAUACAGAGAGCAGGUUAUCCAUAAACAACUCACCCGCAUCCUUGGUGUGCCUGACCUCGUCUUCCUCCUCUUCAGCUUCAUCUCUACUGCCAACAAUUCCACUCAUGCUUUAGAAUAUGUUCUUUUUAGACCAAAUCGCAGGUAUAAUCAAAGGAUAUCACUUGCUAUUCCCAAUCUAGGCAAUACUAGCCAGCAAGAGUACAAAGUGUCUUCAGUGCCAAAUACUUCUCAGAGUUAUGCCAAAGUUAUUAAAGAGCAUGGUACUGACUUUUUUGACAAGGAUGGAGUAAUGAAAGACAUCAGGGCAAUUUAUCAGGUUUAUAAUGCACUUCAGGAGAAAGUACAGGCAGUGUGUGCAGAUGUAGAAAAGAGUGAGCGAGUUGUUGAAUCUUGCCAGGCAGAAGUGAACAAAUUAAGAAGACAAAUCACUCAGAGGAAAAAUGAAAAGGAACAAGAAAGAAGAUUGUUUGAGGCAAGGUCGCGAUGGUUAAGCAGACAGAUGCCAUCUGAAAGCUCAGAUCCAGCGUUCAGUCCUCGGAUGCCCUACUCUGGGUUCGCAGCUGAAGGUAGAAGUAUACUUGCAGAUGCAGAGCCUUCUGAUCCUCCUCCCCCAUACUCUGAUUUUCACCCAAACAAUCAAGAAAGUACUCUGAGCCAUUCUCGCGUGGAAAGGAGUGUCUUCAUGCCUCGACCUCAAGCCGUGGGCUCUUCCAAUUAUGCUUCCACCAGUGCUGGACUGAAGUAUCCUGGAAGUGGAGCAGAUCUUCUUCCUUCCCAAAGAGCAGCUGGAGACAAUGGUGAGGAGUCAGAUGACAGUGAUUAUGAAAAUUUGGUCGACCCUACAGAGUCAUCUAAUCGUGAAUAUUCACAUUCAAAGGAUUCACAACCUGUGACACAGCCCGAUGAGGACCCCCGGAACAUUCAGACCUCCUCAGAUUUAGCUAAGCAAAAGAAACUCUCCACUUGGCACUGUUUUUCUUACUGGCUUAUUAAAAAGUUUUGUUGAGGACUAAAUCUGGAGGGAGAACUGCUUUCUCAGAUACCAUGGCUCCUGAGAGGAGGGUCCUUGUGCACAGAGCUUGUAGAAGCCUCCAUCCCUGGUCCUCACCUCUGGAUGCAGUACACAGGUUUCAUGACAGAAUCAUUAAGAUAAUCAAAUUGUCCUAAUUCUGGUGCGGUUCAU